AUGGCGAGAGUCAUAGCCUUUGGGCUGCUCUGGCUGCUGUCGUUCCAUCAUACCAAUGCAGCUUUGAACGGUACCAAUACCACCUACCUUCGCCACCCUAACAACGGAACCGCGCUGUAUCCACCGCUUUUCGAACUGCACUCUAACUCCACUCCACGGUUCAUCAACACGACUGGAAGGACCGCCAACCCAUUGAUCAAAGUGCUGCAAGACAAGAACCAAAAUGAUCGCAAGAGGAGUCUUUUUGGCUUUUCCCCCUCGAAGCGCAGCCACCACGGAAGUCAUGCCCGCUUCCACCACUCCAAGCGCGACGAUGGCGACGACUGGACGCUACCCGAAGGAACAUGCGCGCCCGGAACUCCCUGCGUUAACGGAGCGUGCUGCAGCAACAAAGGCAUUUGCGGCUUCUCUCCUGCAGAAUGUGGGACCAGCAACUGCAUUUCGAACUGCAAUGCUACUGCGCCCUGUGGCCAAUAUGCGAAGGAAGAAGAUAAGCAAUGUCCCUUGAACGUGUGCUGUUCCUUCUACGGCUUCUGUGGCGCGACGGACCUCUUCUGUACGACUGGUGGAGAGCAUCCAUGCCAGGAGGGUUACGGGAGCUGUGGUGACGCUCCGCGGCCGUCUUGCGAUGGAGGCGACAGCACGUCAGGCAGAGUUAUCGGCUAUUACGAAGGCUGGUCAACCACUCGAGCUUGCGAUAAACGACAACCAGAAGAUCUCGACCUGACCGCUUUCACUCACCUCAACUUCGCCUUCGCCUACUUCGACCCCACGUCUUUCCAAAUGGCGCCCAUGAGCGCGGGUGAUCCAGCCCUUUACCGACGAUUCACUGCGUUGAAGUCGAAGAAGCCGUCUCUGCGGACAUGGAUCGCCGUGGGCGGCUGGUCUUUCAACGACGCGACGAAUAUUCCCAACACGCGGACCGCUUUCAGCGACAUGGUGUCCUCGCACGGGAACCGACAGGCGUUCAUCGCGAGUUUGGGCCAGUUCCUCCAGACCUACAAUUUCGAUGGUGUUGACUUCGACUGGGAAUACCCCGCAGCAGACGACCGGGGCGGCGUGGAGGCGGACACUGCAAACUUCGUCACCUUCCUGCAGGAACUGAAAGCGGCGUUUGGUGAUCGGUACGGUGUCAGCAUUACUCUGCCGGCGUCCUAUUGGUAUCUCCAGGGUUUCGACGUGAAGGCUAUGCAGCACUAUGUUGAUUGGAUGAAUGUCAUGAGCUACGACAUUCACGGUGUCUGGGAUGCGGGAAACAAACAUACCGGGCCGUAUGUACGCCCGCAUACCAACUUGACGGAGAUCGAGGAAGGCCUCGACCUGCUGUGGCGAGCGGGCGUCGAUUCAUCCAAGGUGGUCCUGGGGCUGGGCUGGUAUGGGCGCUCUUUCACCCUAGCGGAUCCUUCGUGCAACACACCCAACGGCGCAUGCAUCUUCUCCGAAGGCGGCAAGCCCGGCGAGUGCACCAACUCGGCGGGCACCUUGACGAAUGCCGAGAUCAAUCGCAUCAUUGCCAAAGGAGGCACCACAACGGGCUUCGAUCGCCAAGCGGCCGUAAAGUGGAUUACGUGGGACUCUAAUCAGUGGGUCAGCUAUGACGACGGCGAGACCAUACAGCUCAAGAUCUCUCACGCAAACAGCCGCUGUCUGUCCGGUAAGAUGAUCUGGGCAGUUGACCAAGACGACUCACAAGGUUCGAGUACCAACGACCUCCUCGGCAUAGGACCCGCCAACGGCGUCUCUCCAGAAGAAGCCCAAAAGAUUAGGGACGACCUCGCCAAUGCCACCCAGGCCGCAGCUGUCGCAAGCUCCUGCUACUGGACGUUCUGCGGUGAUGACUGCACGCCUGGCUACUUCCCGGCCACUGUUGCCAGAGGCCAGGUUGCAGGCAUCCAACGCGACACGGAAUGUCCCGCGGACCAGUACCAAACAUUGUGCUGCGCCCCAGGAACUACAAUGGGCACGUGCAAGUGGGAUGGUUGGCGCGGCGUUGGUCUGUCCUGUGCUCCGGCGUGCAGUGACUCUGAUGCAACCAUUGUGGCGCGGAACUCGAACUCGGGCGAUCUCGACUGUAACGGCGGGUACCAGGCCUACUGCUGCAGUGGCUUUGUGCCAUCUUCAAGGACAAAUACAGGCAAUCUCGCCUUGGUCGGACAAGGAGGCAUUACGAAGCGUGGUCUCGGAGGAGGAGUCGCCGGUGGAGUACUUGGUACAUUGGCCUGCGUCGCACUAGUUACCGCCGCCAAUAUCGUUCUCGCGUCGCUUACUGCAGGUUUGUCCAUCAUAGGCUCGCCGGCAUUGUAUUCAGCAUGU